AUGUUGAUAUUUGAAGAUAUCCAACGAAAGUAUCCCUCCAUCGAUACAACACUCUUAACCCUUUUAAUCCAAGACUACGGUGAUGACGUUGAUAGCUUGUUAGACACUUUAAAUGAGUUAGACGGUGAUAAAAACCUCGAUGAUAACGUUUUAGACUUUUUAAAAGAUUCAUUCCCUUCACUUUCAUCUAAUCAACUAAACUCGACACUCAUUAACAACGAUAAUAACUUAGAUACUACAAUUGAAUACUUGAUUCAAAAUGAGUUCAGAUUGUCAAAUUACACUACACAAUCACCGUCUUCAACAACCUCACUCCCCUCAAAUUCAAACAAGAAGAAAAAAAAACAACAAUCAAUCACUCCUAUAAAACAAUUUGAGCCUCCUACAGAUUUUGAUUGGGUUGUGUUAGAUUCAAUUUCAACCUCCAUUCAUAGACAACUUGGUGUCUCAAAUGACCAUCUCAUUAACUCACUCAAAUCUCACAUAAACUCAACUAAAGCUUUAACUCUGUCCGACGCUUUAUCUACUUACUUGGAAACAUUCAAUCACAUUCUAAACUCUACCGCAUUAGACAUCUUCCUCGCUUUAUUCAGCAAUCAAGAUAUUCAUGACGCUAAAUUAGUCCUACAAGCCUGUAAUAAUCGUAUAGAAGACGCUGAAACCGUUCUCCACACUCUGAACCACUUGAAACUAUCUGAACGCUCCAUCGAUGGUUUGCUUGAAGAUCAACUCAACAUUUCUACUUCAAACAACCCAACUAAACUUUCCAGAGCUAAAUCCACCCCUUCUAUACCCUCCCAAUCAAUUAGUACACCAACUGCUUGGAAUAAAAUUAGUAAGAAGCCUCCAAAGAAGAACAAUCAACCUAUUUUCCCUCAUCUACCUCAAGUCACUAAAGAUGACAUUGAUUCUAACAGUUCUAACAAUUCUACAAACCACUACGAACUUUAUUGUCGUAAAAUGGAGCAUGACUUUAGAAUUAAACGACAAUCUGCUAUCAAAGAUGCUGGUCAUCUUUAUUACUCUUCUAAAUCUUGGAAACAUGGUACAGGUGGUAUUGCAAGUCAAGCAAAAUCUCAACAGGCUAGAGAAUUGAAAGAGCUAGCCGAUGAAUGGGCUGUCAAGGCUGCUAAAGCUUCCAUACAAUCCAGAUCAUCACUAUCUGAAAAUGUUGUAGAUCUGCACUACCUCACUUCACAAGAAGCUUUAGCCGUUGCCGCUGAUAGCGUUGAUAAAUGGUGGUCUAAACGUCCCCUCAACAACAAUCAACUACUCAAACUUGGUCCACUUGUUUUCAUUACUGGUAUUGGUUUGCAUUCAACUGGUAAGCAACCCAUUCUGUUCCCACAAGUAGCACGUAUGCUCGAGAAUCAAGGUUGGAGUAUCGAGCGUCAACAGAGUCGAGGGUGUAUUCUAGUAAAGGGGAGGUAA